UGGAUGUUGAUGAAUACUAUAGGAUAAAUGGAUGUUCAAACAAAAGCCGUCUAGCAUUGAUUUAGGUUGAUAUUUGAAAACAUAGGAAUGCAGUUUUUGAAGUCAUUAUAUUUUUCUUGCACAACACCAUGACCAAUUUUGUGAGUGUUAUAUUUCAACAUUGUCACAUGGUAUCCAGGUUUCUAGUUGCAUGCGCCUCAUCAUUCAAGGCCAAGGGAAACCGCGUCGAAGCUUUCAACACAACAGAUAUCAUUGGCAUUGAAAGAAAAAAAGGUAAUAUAGGUAAGUUCACAACCUUGAUAUAAGACUGAGCUUUGUAUGAUAAGGUUGGAUGCGAUUGGUCGUGAUUGGUCGGCAUUAUAGAGUAGAGAUUUUAAGAUCUACACAGCGCUGAGACUCGCCGGCAACUUAACGACGCGACUUCAAAACAAAGAAACUCGUCAUCCAAGACAAAAACAAUGAAUACCUCGUCAACAGGGUUGGCAUUCUGAACACGAUAUACAUAGACUCGAGCUUGUAGCAAAGACUGCCUUUUUUUUAGCCGAACUUGGCUGUUUGUAAGGUUACUUGAAAAAGCUUCAAACAUUUAUCACAGCAAUCAAAUAUAUAAAUAACGCUUAAUUCUUGAGCUGAAUUCAGACCGUAUCGUCGAGUUUGCCGCAUUAUAGAUCUUAGUGUGGUAUAUCUUUGCAAGACUGAUUUACAUAAAGCGCACAGAAGACACUUCAAGACAGGAUAUAGAUCUGACAAAUUUACAAAUGAUUGUGAAUGACCUUCGGUGUGAAAACACAUUGUCGUUUAAUUAUUUGGCUAAACUUUCCAAGCAAUAUUUUAUUUGCGCAAUAUAUACACUGCAUGAUAGUAAAAUAGCUAUAUGUACUGAUUAUCGACGUUAAUCGUAUUUGCGCUGGUCAACAACAGUACGUUUUAUUUAGCAUAAACUGCAUACUAUUGCGCCAUUUCCUAAUAGCAUCUACUAAUAGUCUAAACAGAUAUCAUAUUAUGACAUGGUAUAUUGCCUAAUUUGCGCAGGAAACACGAAGCAGUCGAACUUAUUACUUGGUAUUCUUUGUGACUGAAGUUAUGGACAUGGUGAUCUGAUAAAAAUUAAGCACAAGACACGUGCGUUUGUUUAGUUUAGAGUUUAAACCAUGUGCUCCAAGAGGUUUUUAUUUGGAAGUUAUAAAGGGCGCCCAAAAAUGUUGCGCAUAUGUCGUGACACGUGAACCGUACAAAUUGCGCCUUUCCAAAAUGCAACCAAUGUAACUUACUAUUUAAUAAAGUUGCUUGCAAUUUAAAUUAAUCCUUUUCCUCCUUAGGUAUUCAGUAUUAACUUAUCAGUUUGUGGUUUGUGGUAUCAUAUUACCUCAUUGUACAAGCCGGUCAAGGAGCAAAUACACAAUAUACUGAAAAGAUGGCCUCUACAAGUCAAGCAGAUCUUACUGAGAAUGGUGGUGAAAUCACUAAAGAUUCAAAAGGAGUUGAUAAUCCCGCAUUCAACAAUAAAAGGUGCCUUGCUUAAAUGUCUUGACUAUAGUUUCUUUAUAGCUACUAAUCUAUAAACAAUGGGUACUAAAUGACACGCGCUUUGCCGCUUUGUAAAAAUGUUUUAAAAAGCUGUAAAACUAUGGACAUGGAAUCCCAACAAUAAACUCAAUAAAUAUGGAUAAACUCAAUAAAUAUUGGGCUAGUAUUCCAAAGGUCGUAGCACAGAAUUCGAUUCCCACCGUGGCCAGGCAUAUUUUUCAAGCCUGCCCGGUGUGGAUAUACACUCAGAGUAUAAACAUCACAAGCAAAAUACGGAACAAUUUAAAAUGUAAAUAUGGUGCACCCUUGGUUUAUACUGCCAAUUUUAGAAAACUUGAGAAAUCACAAGUACGUGCUAGCCUACUUCAUGAAAUAGUGCGUUAAUAUUACCACUUACGGUAAGUCUGGGGAACAUGUCAGUUGACAUGCGUUGUGGGGUUGUGAUGUUUCCAUGGCUAACAAGAGUGCAUCAAGGGCUCUCCGGUAAAUUUCAAGAGUUAUUUUAACAUUGAACACGUUUAGGUUUACUGGUUUAGGGUGGACAUGAAAAUAACUAUAACCUCUUUUACCAUCUCUGUUCAUUAGGCAAGUUUAGCAGGAUUAAGGAUAGUUUUCUAUGUCUGCCAUCGCUAUUAAACUUUGUCCCCUCCUAAGUGAAUCCUUAGUGCAAACGGGAACUGAACUCUAAAGUUACUUCCUAAUAUGCAAAUGUUUAGCAUAGAACACGUAUGAUAUUGGUUUUUUGUCGUUUCCUGAUUAGCUAUUUUCGUAAUAAUUCUAGGAACAGUAAACAUUAUUUUUAUUUACAAAUACUGAAAUACAUACAACGUUUUCCCACGUUCCUGUGCUAAAUACUUGCCCACUCCGUUGUCACACCCACGGCCCGCCCCCUUACACGUUUUGCCACGUCGAAGAAAUUUUGAAAAUUGGGCGCCAAACUUAAGCUGUUUGAUUGGCUAUAUUAUAAUCUGAUUCUUUUGAUUGGUCAAUGACCAUAUCUCAUUACUUAAAUUGGUGUUUUUCGCGCGUUUAUACCAAUUCGUGAAUGGCUGCGAUACUGUAAACAUUGCCCACACCAACGAGAGCUAAACAAAUCCAUAUCUCCCGUGUUUCAUCAGAUUCCUAUUUCAGAAAGGUAACAACGAGUGUAUACCAGUAGGGCACUAUAGAAAUUUGUAUAUUGCGAAACUCUGACGGGGGAGUACAAUAUUUCACCCAAGACGCUGUUUAUUUACAUGUAGUAUGUUUGCUACGUAGUACUCUAGAUUUGGUAUCUACGUUCGAAUUGUUAAUGUUGUUCUUGAUUGUUACAUAAUUUUCAAGAAGUUUUCUAUGUUUCUUUUGAAGAAUGGCUGAUUUAGACACAAGUGGCGACAGUUUACUCCAUUUGGAAGCAAAUUCGCCAAACUCAACGACAAUUGAGGUAAACCAUUAAAGUAGAAAACACGAUUGGAACAUCUUUCUAGUUGAAUAAUAUUGUAUCAGCCGUCGCUCUAUAUACAGUAGUAUCAAGAACAGAUUACUGUAUUCCCAUGGGCGAAGGAAUAAGCAAUGGGUUUAUAACUGUAUAGAUUCAUAUUUACCGCGUGAAUAACUCUCUUAUUGUUGUAAAAUCGCGCCAAUUGUGGUCAAUAGUAUAUUUGUACACGAGGCUAAAGUCCAUAUUUCUCUAGCGACUUUAGCAUUACUUCGUAAACUAUAAAGUGUACAGUCUUAGUAACAGUAAUAAGAUUUGUACUUCAAUUUGUUCUCAAAUUUAGGAAUUCUAAACACGAAAGAAAAUUGAAACUCUUGAGUUUGAUGAAGGAAUAUAUAAAUUGUAAAUUAUUCAAAUAGUUUGCGUGACUCAGUUGUUUUGAUCAUGAAAAGUUGUAAAUUAAACUCUCUUAAACUUUUAUACAAGCAUUUGACAUAAAUAGUGUAUUUCAAAUACAAGAAUACGGAAUUUAAGAAAAGGGAAAAAAUGUUAGAAUUAGCAAUGCUUGUUCAAGUAAUAAAAUAGUUUGUCAUCCGUGAGUGGUUGUGACAGACGCACACUAUAUACAAUUGCGACGCGUUAUAGAUUACGCAAGGACAUUUUGCCAAAAUACCAUUUUGGGUCCUGUACUUUCUGAACAAAAGUUCAAGUAAUAUUUUAUAGUGUUGUAUUAAAGCGUUGAUUUUUUACAUGUAGAAGGGCGUGAAGAUUUUGAAGUGUAAAUGUAUUCAUCGAUAAAAUCUUGGCCACGUGUACAUACAUUGUGUGUGUGGGCUUGAUUGUGUGUGUGGGCUUGAGUGCAUGUCACAUGUUACAAAUCACAGCCACAUGGUCAAUUAAAUUGUGUUUACCAGUAACCCCCCCCCCUUGAGAAGCAGAAUUAUCUAUUUAGUAGUGGCGUAAACCUAACAGUGUACUAGCCUGCGUAGGGGCUCUCAGAGAAAGGAUAGCCUGCACGAAACCCCAUGUUUUCCGUAUUUACCCGUUCUCUCAGAGGACGAGAAAUCUGAUUGGUUCAAAGUUUUUUAAAAUAAUAAUAAUAAUGCUAAAAUUAUGAACAAACACAGCGGAUGCAUAAUUAUUGAGAAGUGUUUCUUUGAGUUUUGCAUUCAAAAGAGCUUAAAGGCCACGAUUUAUAGUUGAACAAUAAUUAACAAAUAUAAAACAUUUUCCGUGUUGAUAUACAGUUAUAUCAACACGAGUGGGAAUUGGGAAAACUCGAAAUUGUGUGGAAACACGACGCCCGAAGGGCAGAGUGUUUUCACACAAUUUCGAGUUUUCCCAAUUUCCACGAGUGUUGAUAUAACUGUAUAUCAAUAUGGAAAAAAUAUUUUAUAUUUUUUUUAUAAUAUAGCUUGACAUUGAUUUAUAUCAACACGGCUCUUAGCCAAUCAGCGUUCAGAAUUUACAAAUGCUAUAUUAUAAAGGUAUUUCCGAACUUUGUUCAUGAAGCUCUAGAGAUAUUGGCUGUGGUGUCUUCGUUAGAUUGCUAUCUGUUAGCAGCAUCUCUUUCACGAGCGUGUUUGUUUUCAUUGACGACAAAUAGAUUUUCUCUUCAUGAUUUUGUAGCUAAUAAUUUUGUGCCAGGAGAGAAUUGCUGUAAAUGCUUAUGUCUUAUGAACAAUGGCGUCAGAUAGGCUGGGGCGGUUCUUGGAAAAAACUGACAACCAUCAGGAAAAACCUGAAAAACUGGUUUCUAAUCUAUAAAUAACACACAGACAUAAAACAGUGUAGCACAUGUAUUUAUUAUGUGAAGAAUUUUGGUUUUAGAUGCUUAAUAUCAAAAGCUUACAGAGGUAUAAAAAUACAAGUAAGAAGACAAUGUUAAAAGAAUGUAUUUACAGGUUUUCAGCUAGGAUUAGCUGAAACAUCAUUUUUAUCUUGUUUUUUUCCCACGGCAGGUACAAAAUGCAGAGGUACAAAAUGCAGGUUGCAGGUUGGAAUUUUGCAGGUUGGGAAUUUUGCAGGUUGGAAUUUUGCAGGUUGGGGAUUUUGCAGGUUGGAAUUUUGCAGGUUGCCGAAUUUUGCAGGUUGUAAUUUUGCAGGUUGCCAGGAACUUUGCAGGUUGAUAAUGCAAACUUAAAAUUACACCACUUUUUUAGUAUAAUUUUUAGGAAUAACUUAGUUAUGCAUUUAUUGCAGUCUGACUCCUUGUCGGCACUUUUGAUAUCAGCCUACCCUGCUAGUAUAACUUAGUUGUGCAUUUAUUGCAGUCUGACUCCUUGUCGGCACCCUUGAUAUCAGCCUACCCUGCUGCCAUGUUCCUAGCCUCUGCUCUAAGGCUAGUGGCUAUCACCCCCGUAAAAACAUUCAAAAUGACCAGAUUGGCUUGGACCUACAUGGAGACGAAUGUUUUGAUUGUUGCGAGAUGCCUACAUGACGUGGCGGCGUUUAUACUAGAAUGUUGUUAAACGUUAACUAACUCUCGAGUAAUGAUACGGUAAUGGGGGCUUGAGUGGACUUCUCAUAAGUGGGUGCAGAGGAGAGACACCUCAUUCAGGCAUUUUCUGAACUACCACCACGUCAUAUAGGCUCCUCGCAACAAUCGAAACAUCCGUCCCCCUGAAGGUCCAAGCCAAUCUGGUCAUUUUGAAUGUUUUCACAAGGGUGAUGGCCACUCCUUAGAGCAAAAGCUAGGAACAUUGUAGCAGGAUAGGCUGAUAUCAAAAGUGCCGACAAGGAGUCAGACUGCAAUAAGUACACAAUUAAAUUAUACUAGAAUACUUUAUAGUGGUGUAAUUUUAAGUUUGCAUCAAGAAUACUUUUAGUGGUGUAAUUUUAAGUUUGCAUCAUCAACCUGCAAAAUUCCUGGCAACCUGCAAAAUUCCAACCUGCAAAAUCCCCAACCUGCAAAAUUCCAACCUGCAAAAUUCCAACCUGCAAAAUUCCAACCUGCAAAAUUCCAACCUGCAACCUGCAACCUGCGUUUUGUACAAUUCCAACCUGCAACUUGCAACCUGCGUUUUGUACCUGCCGUUUUUUCCCAGUUCUUUGUCUUUUCCUGUAGUUUUUUGGUAUUGCCAACCUGCAAAAUUCCAACCUGCAACCUGCAACCUGCGUUUUGUACCUGCCGUUUUUUCCCAGUUCUUUGUCUUUUCCUGUAGUUUUUUGGUACUUGGAAGUCAUGUAGGAAGUUAACCCCUUCUACCCCUUCUGGAUGUCCUAAUACACUUAAUUUUAUCAGAAAUAAUUUUUUUCCUCCUGGAUGGCAAAAUGUUUGUCGGGGGAGGGGUGUGUAUGUGGAUCUUCCUGGAACAAACCAAUCGGGCAACUGCUGAAAGGCCCGAUUCCACGAUGGUGAAAUGCUUCACAAGGAAUUGUGUCUGCGAAAUACGGAUGGUUGCACAUGAGCGAUUCUAUUGAAUUUUUCCCGAUUUUCCCACCUUAGUGGUGGUAGAACCGGCUUCUACUCACUGGUGAAGCGAAAUUUUUUUCUUGCAAAGCCUAAUUUAUCUUUACUGCACAUGCACCUAAUUCAUUUCAUGCGAAAUUUUUCACAUUUCGCAUUGGAAUGAGGCCUUAACACUGUUCCACCAGUACCUCAUACUCAAUAAUUUGUAUGAAAACUGUCUGGGAUUGGCAUCUUUACAAGGAUUGACCUCAAUAAUAUAUUACAAUAUGUUUUAUUCAAACCAUCAGAUUGAACUAAAAGAGCCUAAAGCGAAUGCUGUGGAAUCACCAGUAGCAAAACGUAACCUAGUGUAUCAGUAUGAGGACACAAAACCAUUGCCACAAUUUCUAUCUCAAGUUUGGCACAAACACUGGAUCAUGAUUGUUGUUGCUGCACUAGACUUUGUAGUCAUUCUCUACAGUAUUAUUGGAAUAAUGAAAGUUGGUUUUAACGAAGCUGCAGGGCUUUUUGGUAUUGGGAUUUUUGUCUGGUUUUGUUUAACAUGGAUGGUCGUGCGUGAGCAUUGUGGUGCAGAGAUCCAUAACUGGCUGAUUCAACCUGUAGCUGACUGGGUUGAUAAUCAUUGGAAGUAUUUGAAAUGGUAUGUUAAGCUACAGUGGAUUAUAAAUUGACACCUCAGUAUGUUUUACUAUGAUCAUAAGUAGAUUUUCCCCAUAGUGGGAAUGUGGAUCUUUUCUGGAAUGAUCCGCCAUCACACAUUUAACAGUUGAUUAAUUUAAUUUAAAUGCUUUUUAUUUAUAGGGUGGUGUAUGCAGUAUUGAUAAUCGCCAUUAUAGUUUUCCUUGCUAUUGACACAAGAAAGAAACCAAUACGAUUCCUCUCACUUUUUGGUUUAGUUGCAUAUAUUUUCAUCGCUUAUAUUUUCUCAAAGCACCGCUCCAAGGUAGAGUAUAGCUGUUACAAUUGUAGGGUAUUUGACUGGACGAAACUUGCUUCCAGUAAAUCCAAUCCCUGAUAGCUGAAUGGGGUAAAGCAAUGGCCUAGAUGCCUGAUGUGAGCUCAAAUACUGGUCAAGACAAUGACUUUUACCAAGAUAAUUUUACUAUGUAAGAGUCAUUGGUUUUAAUAGAGUUCACAUCUGGUUUGAUGAAGCAUUCAAUCGUAACAUUUUCAUUUUUUUCAUAGAUUGUGUGGCGACCUGUUAUCUGGGGUUUAGCUUUACAGCUCAUCUUUGGUUUACUGAUUCUAAGAACUAGUGUUGGAAAUAAAAUCUUCGAAGUGAUGGGAGACCAAAUCAAUAUUUUCCUUGACUAUUCUGAUGCCGGUUCCAUAUUUGUCUUUGGUGAUAGUUUUAAAGCUCAUUUUUUUGCUUUUAAAGUGAGUUGAGUAUUAACAGAGAGCUUAGCAAGUGAUGUUUCUGACAACACAAACACCAUGUAUAUGUACUGUACCAUCCAACCAUUAUUUAUGGUGUAAGCAUUUCUUGCUUGCAAGAAUGAUAAUUGAAAAGGAGUUUCUAGACUGUUCACUAUGUCUUGAUCUCUGUACUACAGCAAGGCACUGGUGAAAAAAUAGUGGAUGGUUGUGAUUAAUUUGGGUACUGGUGAUAAAAUAGACUUAAUAAUAUAUAAUUUCUCUGUAGGUCUUGCCUGUCAUCAUAUUCUUCAGUUCAGCUAUAUCAGUUCUGUACUAUCUUCGUAUAAUGCCAGUGGUUAUAACAAAAAUAGCAUGGCUUAUGCAUGUCACAAUGAAGACAUCUGGUAGUGAAUCUCUGAAUGCCGCUGGGAAUAUCUUUGUUGGACAAGUAUGUAGUUCUAUUUUGGUCACAAAAUGUCUGGGAUUUGUAGGCAGGGUUGAUAAGAUACUUUGUGAUGCCACCUAUGGCUUCUAUAGCAUUGUUAAAGCAGCUGAAACAGUUCUACAGUUUAGAGCAUUUUCUUUCAUUUAUAGACAGAAGCUCCGCUAAUGGUUCGACCAUUCUUACAAACGAUGACAAUGUCUGAACUACACGCUGUCAUGACGGGUGGCUUUGCAACCAUAGCUGGUGGGGUGUUGGCUGCAUAUAUAUCAUUUGGUGUCAACCCAUCUCAUAUCCUAUCCGCUUCCGUCAUGUCUGCCCCUGCUGCCCUAGCAAUUUCAAAACUCAUGUACCCUGAGACAGAGGAAUCUGAGACAAAGACAUCGGAUGAUAUUGAUAUUCCUAGAAUGUAAGUUGACUUGCCAAAUUUCUAAAAUAGUUACCACUACUCAUAGAAUUCUAUGUCUAACGCCAGAUGAUUUUACUUGUCAAGGGGAGAGUGCUGCCGCUCAAUGGGUUAUUGAGUUAUGAAACCCUAAUGAAUUGUUUUAACUGAUUAAUACAGGACAGAAGUAAAUGUUAUCGAAGCAGCAGCCUCGGGAGCGUCAAAUGCUAUACCACUAGUAGCAAAUAUUGCUGCAAAUUUGAUUGCAUUUCUGGCAUUCCUUGCAUUUAUUGAUGCAAUCUUGUCAUAUGUUGGUUCCAUGGUUGACCAUCCUGAACUCAGUUUCAAGGUCAGCUACAGUAAUGUUAUUCUAAUUGCAAUAGUGUUCAUUCUAAUUCACAUGCUAUUUCAUUCUCAUUAACUUUCCUAAUUAGCUUCAUUAAUCAGUUUCAUUCUAACUAAUUGUUCUAAUUUGAAUCAUAAUUUGCAUUUCAAUCAAGUCCUAAAUCUAUUCUUGAUGAGUCUGUUCAUUCAAUUAUACAAAAUGAAUCAUUUCAAAUUUUAGUUUAUAUGUUCCUGGAUAUUACGUCCGUUCGCAUUCAUCAUGGGAGUCGACUGGGAAGAUUGUGGUAUUGUGGGAGAACUCUUGGGAAUUAAAACAUUUGCAAAUGAAUUUAUUGCUUACUUGGACCUCAGUGAGUAUAUCAAGAAUGCCAAGGAAGACAAUGGUGGUAGGACAAUUUCGGUAAGUUCUGUCACACCACAGUUGCCUGUUAUCAUGACGUCUGCUACCAAGACUGACCAAGAUUAUAUUUUCAGUUAAUCAUAAUAUGAAUAUAACUGUAGCCAAUACAUAUGGGGUUGUACUUCUAUAGAUCCCAACCCAUGAAACCAGAGUACCCGGAGAUGACCCAGCCCCCACCAAACCCCCAGAUGCAGACCUCAUUUUUAAAUUGGAGAUUAACCCUUUAAGUGGCAAUGCGCCCUACUUCAGUAUUUUACUCUGUCUAAUGCCAGACGAUUUUACUUGUCAAGUGGAGAGUACUUCCACUCAAUGGGUUAAAUAUAUCUGAUCAACCUACACAAACUAGAAUAGUUUAUUGAAUACUAGUUACAUUGGACAAAACACAAGAGGUUGUUGUUGAAUACUAUCUACACUGGACCCCGCCAUCAAUAUUCUAACAGUACAUCUAAAUUUACUUUUCCUCCGUACAGGAACGCUCUCAAAUCAUCGCCACCUACGCCCUAUGUGGUUUUUCAAAUUUCUCAUCAAUUGGAAUUCAAAUUGGUGGAUUGGGUCCGUUGGCUCCAAACAGAAAAUCUGAUUUAGCUACCUUGGCAAUGCGUGCUUUGCUUGCUGGAACAUUGGCCUGCUUUAUGACUGCUUGUGUUGCAGGUAAAGUGUUAGCCUGCGAACAGGCUCUCAAUUCAGCUUGAGAGCCUGUUCGCAGGCUAGUAAAGUGUCUCCCAGUAGUACGAUCAUAGGCUGACGUUGCAGGCCUGUAUUGUAGCAGACAGGGAUGAUUCUCUCUAGCAGGGCUUUCAAAACAAGCUGGAGGUUUACCACCAGGUUCUUUCUGAGUUUCUCUGAUAUAUAACAGGACUGCAUAAAUCUGUAGUGCAUCGUUUGUAACUAUUAACUAAGGAACCGAAACAAGCCAGAAUUGAAAUAAAACAGCAAUGCAAUUUUUUGCUGCAAAAGUUUCGCUGUUUUUCGUUCAUUUUUUUUUUCAAGAACUUUAUAGUCAUUGUUGAAUAAGUUCAGCUACAUAAGUUCAGCUACAUAAGUUAUUAAGUUCAGUUAUAAGCAAAGUAUUAACGUGAACAAAAAUGAUGAACAACUUGCAACUCCAUCACAUUUGAUUUGUACAAUGAUUUCUUCAUUAUGGACAACCGAAAUCAACAAAAUGAUUUUUCAACACAACUACAAGCUUACUUAAAAUGAGUCUGAAAGCCUGCUGUAGGUAUUGAUUUGAUAGAGCUAUCCAGUAUAAAUAAACUUAGUUUAGGCUUCUUAUCAGACCUCUAGGGAGAACAGUUUAGUACUCAUAGAGUUGUCCACAGGAGAUAAAGUUAGUUUUGUUAACAAAUUGGCAGCUAGGUCUGCUAGAGCAAUCAGACUAACGAAUUGGUCUUAUUUUGUAGGAAUCCUCUUGUAAAAUAGAAGGCGAGUCAUGGUGUGAGAAUACUCUGGAACUCUGAAUGCAUGUCGUUAGAAUACAGUUCAUAUGUAAUAUAUUUUCUUACAAUAGGAUGCCUUUUAAAACGUUUCAUGUUGAGUUCACAUUCAUACAUAAUUUUAGUGUAGAUAGCGUGUUGUAAAUAUUCCUAGUAAACUUAAUAAAUUGAUAUAUACCCUAACAAUAU